AUUAACAGAUGAUGAAGAUUUCCUUGAGUUAUUAGCUCUACAUAUAAACAAAGAAAGGGUUUUUAGAACCAGACAGGAACAUUUUCACGAAUGGGAUAACGAUGAAUUCUUCAAUAGAUUCAGAAUGACAAAGAAUGCAGUGAACUUCGUGUUAGAGAAAAUAAGAAAUUCAAUCACUCAUCGUACUACCAGAAAUCAGGCUACCGCCCCUGAACUGAUGUUACAAACUACACUUCGAUUUUAUGCAACAGGAUCGUUUUUGACAGUUUGUGGUGAUUUCAGUGGGUUGCAUAAAUCUACUGUAUGUAGAAUGGUGCGCAGAGUUUCUCGAGCUCUUGCAUCAUUGAGGCGAGAAUUCAUUCAUUUCCCAAAAAACGAAGCAGGAAGAAUGGCUGUCUGUGCUGAAAUGUACAAAAUCAGCAAAUUUCCAAAGUGCAUAGGUGCUAUUGAUUGCACUCAUGUUCGUUUACAAUCUCCAGGUGGUAAUCAAGCAGAGCUAUUUCGCAACACGAAAGGAUUCUUUUCAUUGAAUGUACAGACAGUUUGCGAUGCAGAGCUGAAGUUCGAAAACAUUGUUGCCAGGUGGCCAGGUAGCACACACGAUGCCCACAUUUUUAGAAAUUCAGUCUUAAAAACACAAUGUGAAAAUGGAGAUAUGAAAGAUCUUGUUUUGGUUGGUGACAGUGGGUAUCCUCUAAAAAAAUGCUUGCUAACAAAAUUAAAUCACCCAACCACAAGAGAGGAAAUACUCUACAAUGAGUCCUUAAUUAGGACAAGAAACGUUGUCGAGAGAUCGUAUGGUGUUUGGAAACGUCGCUUUCCUAUACUUGCUAUUGGAAUGAGGUGCAACUUUAAUUUGGUUGAACCAAUUGUGGUAGCAACUGCAGUAUUGCAUAAUAUAUCAUGCAUUUUCAAAGAUCCGAUUCCAUUCAUCAAUGAUGAAGUGGAAACACAAAUUAUUAACCUUCAGUUCAAUCAAAUUGGAGAAGUGGAAUAUGAUGGGAACGCAAGAAUUCCAUUUAUCGAAUAUUUUGAUACCUUAUAGAAACACCAUCGAACGUAUAGAAGUUAUGUAAAGAAGUAAUACAAAAA